UCAGGACAUUCCGACACUGCGUUUAACGGUUUAGAGGAGAUAAGUGCGAGGAAUGCUGUUCCCUCUUUAGCGUAUGCACCGCUUAUCUAUAAGAGCACCUGACAGGAAGUGUGCAAAGACUUAAUGAUGACGUCAGCAGCAGUGAGUCUGUGCUCUGCUGCCGUGGCUGUACUGUACAGUACUGCAUUGUACACCACAUCGCUUUGCAAAAAUCAUGCAUCAUCCCGUCAGCCUCCCUAAAAGGACUUUGACCAAUCAGCACUUCCAGCCUUUUCGAGCUUCAGCUACCCAUCAUCCAGGAAAUCAGUACAUUAAAUUAUUUACCAAACGGAGGCUGCAGAGCACUGGAUGAGAAUAGAAGCAUUUACUUAUCCCGGUUGACAGUACAAGGUUUCUAUUUUGGAUACAAUCAAUUUAUAGUGCUUGAUAUUUCCGGAAUGUUUAGGGUACGGUACCUGGUACGAGAACAAUGCACCCUACAGAAAGUUCUAAUUAAAAGUCCAGCCCUUUCCGUGUCAUUCAUUAUGACUAGCAUCAUGUUCGUGUAGUGCAGGUACGUUAAUCUGCAGAGGUCUCUGGGCCAAUGGAAGGAGGUCCGUGUGACUGAGAGUCUCAAUCUGAGAGAAGCAUGUGGUCUUUGACAUUCACAGCUGCAGCAUCUGUUUCUCUCUGCUCCACUGAGAGCGGGUGAUGAUGAGGAUGUACUGUAGACUGUGCUGAAGUUGUAGCAUGACAAGCAUGGCCCUUCACGUUCACAUCCGCAUGGAUUCUGCCUCAGGCAGGACAGCAGUUUUGAGGGGGUUAUUCAACAUGGCUGACUGAAACCUUCUCAGAUUUUGUACAGGAUUAAAAAGUGAGCAGUUAAAAGUAGAGAGGUUGCAUAAUAGCAUGUACUUACUGUAGUGCUGUAGAUUUCAUUAAAGCUGGUAUUGUAAGUGUAAUUUUUCUCCUGCCGAGCAAUAUUGUAAAAUGGAAAAAGGAAAAAUUACAGAUUUCAGCCCUUGAGCAGAUGCUGUUAAAUACAUUUUAUAUUUGUUGUGUAUAUUUUGAUGGCUGAGGAGUUAUUUCAACAUAUUAUAUAAACUGUGUGAGAGGCAGUAUUGGAUGUAGGCUGCGCUUUCAAGAAAUUCUGAAGACUGAUGCUUAGCACUACGCUGUAUGGCCAUUUCUGCUUAAGACAUCAGAUUUAUAAUCAAUUCACUGAAGUAACAACAAAUGUCGUUAGAAGAGGGAUCUGCUAGUGAUUUCUGAUUAAAUUAUCUGGAAUGGCUGUGCUCUCUGUACUUACUGAAAUAUAAUCACAACUUUUAAUAUGUUGCUGCCCCUCCCGCCAGAUUAAUCCCAGGUCCUGAAGGAACCACAGCAACAUUUUAGCUAAAAGUGACAGGGACCAUCUAUCUUAGGCUCAUAUGAUGCUGCUCAUUGAGGUAAUGGUAUUCACAUACGUUGAAACCCUCUGUUGUUAUUGCUUAUGAGAGCUAAUGGUUAACAGCAAGAUGCGAAUAAAAUCUUGACAACAGAAUUGCACCCCCUGUGUGUGCGAGAGAGAAAGAGAGAGAGAGAGAGAGAGAGAGAGACUAUGUGCGUUAAGCUGGGAGAAAUACAGGUUAUGUGUGUGGAAGCUAUCCUUUAUGUUCCAGUAGGGAUGCUUCAGAAAAGACGCCUCGCUACCGACAUCCCCCAUCCUCCUCCCCUCCCUCCUCCUUGUUUUUUCUUUCCUCUGUGAGGAGAUCUUGCAACAGUCAGGCGGAAGGCUAACCCUGCAUCUAAUCGUCUCAGGCUAAGUUUCGAGUAUAAUGACUGAACACUUAAGAAUCAACUGCUGCGCAUUCAAUUACCGUUUUUUACCUGUAUCCGGAAAAAUAUGGAACUUAACUGGCGCGUCAACGUUUAACAUCGCUAAAGAGUUAACUGGAUCCGUAGGACACGUGGAUGUGUUGUAUUUUUGUGGAUGAAACGCCGUAAGGAAAAGGCUAAAGGAGAAAGGGAGGUAUAGAAAAUGCAGUUUGAGACAUUGCGUCAGUUUUGUAGCUCUGUUUUUUCUCAUUUCAACGGGGCUCUCUCUGCACCUCAGAAUAUCCUGCAGACAGAGCUAUUGGAGCAGGCGCUAAGCAACAUCGGGAAAAGAAGCCCGUCAGCAUCCAGGGACCCAAACCAAAAAUACGACCAAAGGGAGGAGAGGGGUGACUGCUCGCAGUAUGCCCUGUCGGACGGCGGGAUGCCAAGAUCGCCAUCGGACUACGGGGGGCAGGACCCCCGCAGGGCGGGCCGGGGCUCGCGGAUGUACGAGGACGCGGACACGGCCCGUGGGGAGUACCAGGCCCGGCGGGGUCGCUGGCGCUCCCAGGAGUACCCCCCGGACGAGGAGCUGGACCCCCAGCUGAGCGAGUACGAGCUGCAGCGGAGGAGGGAGGAGGAGUACCAGGCCCGUUACCGCAGCGACCCCAACCUGGCCCGCUACCCGGUCAAGCCCCAGCCCUACGAGGAGCAGAUGCGCAUCCACGCCGAGGUGUCCCGCGCGCGGCACGAGCGUCGCCAUAGCGACGUCUCGCUGGCCUACACCGAGCUGGACGAGCCGCAGGGGCCCGGGGGGAGGGGCGAGCGCUCGUCCCGCCCCCGCGGCCCCGCCCCCGGCGAGGGCCUGCGCUCCUACUCGGUGGAUAGAACUUCCCCCAGCCGCCGGUCCAACCACAGCCCCCCGACCCCGCGCCGGAGCCCCGUGCUGGGGGAGAGGGCGGGGCCCGUGCGCGUGCAGCAGCACCACCUGGACCCCAGCUCCGCCGUGCGGAAGACCAAGCGGGAAAAGAUGGAGACCAUGCUGCGCAACGACUCGCUCAGCUCCGACCAGUCCGAGUCGGUCCGCCCGCCGCCGCCCAAGCCCCACAAAACCAAAAAGCUGGGCAAGAUGCGGCAGCUGUCCUUCAGCAGCUCGGAGGAGGAGCUGGCCACCACGCCUGAGUACACCAGCUGCGAGGACGUGGAGAUCGAGAGCGAGUCCGUCAGCGAGAAAGGGGACAGUCAAAGGGGAAAAAGAAAAGCAAUUGAGCAGGCGUUUAUGUCCGACUCGGCUUACACCUUAACUGAGAGGCAAAAGAAAACGGUGCGCUUUGGGGGCGAUUCGUUCGAAGAGGACUUGGAAUGGUGCGAACCCCAGGUUAAAGACUCUGGCGUUGAUACGUGCAGUAGCACUACCCUAAACGAGGAGCAUAGCCAUAGUGAGAAGCACCCUGUGACAUGGCAACCAUCCAAAGAUGGCGAACGCUUGAUAGGGCGGAUUUUGCUAAACAAAAGGAUGAAAGAUGGAAGCGUGCCUCGAGAUACAGGAGCGUUGUUGGGACUGAAGGUGGUUGGAGGAAAGAUGACAGAAUCUGGUAGACUUUGUGCUUUCAUCACGAAAGUGAAGAAAGGAAGUCUAGCAGAUACUGUUGGACACCUCCGACCAGGCGAUCAGGUACUGGAGUGGAACGGGAGACAUUUACAAGGAGCCACAUUUAAAGAAGUUUACAAUAUUAUUUUAGAAUCCAAGCCUGAACCCCAGGUGGAGCUGGUGGUUUCGCGACCCACUGGGGAUGUUUCCAGAAUACCAGACAGCACACAUGCACAACUGGAGUCAAGCUCAAGUUCCUUUGAGUCCCAGAAAAUGGAGCGCCCCUCUAUCUCUGUUACUUCUCCCAUGAGCCCAGGCAUGCUGAGGGACGCCCCCCAGUACCUGUCUGGACAGCUCUCAAGCCAAAGCCUUAGUAGAAGAACUGCGCCUUUUGUCCCUAGGGUUCAGGUAAAACUCUGGUAUGACAAAGUGGGUCAUCAGCUCAUCGUCACAAUCUUGGGAGCAAAAGACCUACCCUCCAGGGAAGAUGGGCGGCCAAGGAACCCCUACGUAAAAAUCUACUUUCUCCCUGACAGAAGUGUCGAUUAUUGUUCCUCCAGCGACAAAAGCAAGAGAAGAACAAAAACGGUAAAGAAAUCUUUAGAGCCCAAAUGGAACCAGACCUUCAUGUACUCGCCCGUGCACCGGCGGGAGUUCCGCGAGCGCAUGUUGGAGAUCACGCUGUGGGACCAGGCGCGGGUCCGGGAGGAGGAGAGCGAGUUCCUGGGAGAGAUCCUGAUUGAGCUGGAGACGGCCCUAUUGGACGACCAGCCCCACUGGUACAAGCUGCAGACGCACGACGUGUCCUCCAUGCCGCUGCCCAACCCCUCGCCCUACAUGCAGCGCAGGCUGCUGCAGGGAGAGAGCCCCACCCGCAGGCUGCAGAACAAAGGCCCGUAUUUGUACAAUUCAGGAUCCCAGAGAAUCAGUGACAGUGAGAUCUCUGAUUUUGACUGCGAGGACGGGAUCGGAGUAAUAUCAGAUUACAGGCACAACGGCAGGGACCUGCAGAGCUCCACGCUGUCCGUGCCCGAGCAGGUGAUGUCAUCCAACCACUGCUCCCGGUCGGCGGAGAUGAACCGGGUCCGGUCACGGUCGCCCAGCGUCCCCCCUCCUCACAGCCGGAGCCUGGACCACGGCGCCCGCGGUGGCCCGUCGCAGUACAACACCACGAGCCGGAUGGACCGCCAGCGCACGUCGGAGGACCGCUACUCCCCCGACAGCCACUAUCUCACCCUACCUCCUCGAUCCAGACACAGCCAGCCUGACCGCCAUUACACAGAGUCCAGCAGCAACAAUCUCAUUCACCCGAUCUAUCGAGAAGACGCAGUCAGAUUACUGCGCUCGACUAGGAUGGCUCGCACGUAUUCCGAAGGGGCUUACAGUGAACAACAGAGGAGGUUAGAGUGGGAGAGGAGGCUGUCCAUGGCCUACUACGGCCGGUGUGAUUCCCCCGAACGGUGCCAGGGAUAUGGAUAUUACCAUGGUCCUAAUCAUACGCCAAACCCUUGGUCGAAUCAUGUAAUGAACGGCACCUGUGGGAACUACCGGGAAGAGAAUGCCUCUGCAGAACCACAGCCUAAGGAGGAGAAAAUGAGGCAUUGCAGAGGCCUGGACAGGCAUGAGUAUCACAGGUCCAGGUCAGCUGAUCAGAGGCCAGCGCUGGAGCGCCCCUCCUUCUCCUCCUCCUCCCGCUCACGGUCCACGGAGCGCCCCGACUCCAACUACAUGAGGUCCAUGCCGUCCUUACCGUCCGGAAGAUCCGCCCCUCCCUCACCCGCCUUAACGAGGGCGCACCCCCGCAGCGGAUCGGUCCAAACCAGCCCCACGAGUACCCCUGUGUCCGGGCGGAGAGGACGGCAGCUACCACAGGUCCCUUCCAAGGGGACGCUGGACAGAAAAGAUGGAGACCAAGGAACAGAGCCUUACGAAGCACAAACAGGAGAGAAACCUGAACCCCCUCAAUCCCUCCCUCAACAAGCAUUUGAGCCAGGGAUAUGUCUGUCAAGUCUUCAUGACCAACUUCAGAAUCUACUGACACGGCUUGGGGCUCUUGCAAGUAAAGAAUCCCCUCAACCCCUCCCCCAAUCUGCAUCUGUGCCAGCCCCACCCACAGAAAAUGCAAGGGAGGAGCCUGAACCCCAUCAACCCCUUCAAAAACAACCAUCUGUGCCAGCACAAACAGAGGAGCAACCUGAACUCCCUCAAUCCCUACCUCAACAAGCGUUUGAGCCAGGCAAAUAUCUGUCAAGUGUCCAUGGCCAAAUUGAACAUCUACUGACACGGCUUGGGGCUCAUGCAAGUAAAGAGCCUGAAUCCCCUCAACCCCUCCCACAACCUGCAUCUGUGACAGAAAAUGCAAUGGAGGAGCCUGAACCCACUCAGUCCCUUCAAAAACCGCCAUCUGUGCCAGCACAAACAGAGGAGCAACCUGAACCCCCCCAAUCCCUCCCUCAACAAGCGUUUGAGCCAGAGAAGGAGCUGGAACCCCCCAAGCCUUCCCCAAAGCAAGCAUUUGAGCCAGGCACAUACCUGUCAAGUCUUCGUGACCAACUUGUAAAUCUACUGACACCGCCCACAGCUCCUACAAGUGAAGAGCCUGAUCCCUUCUCACAAGCCCCAUCUGUGCCAGCACAAACAGUGGAGGAACCUGAACCUGCCAAAACCCUCCCACAACAAUCAUUUGAGCCAGGCCAGUAUCUGUCAAGUCUUCGUGACCAGCUCCGCAAUCUACUGACACCGCCCACCACUCAUGCAAGUGGAGAGUCUGAACCCCCUCAGCCCUUCCAACAACAGACAUCUGUUCCAGCACAUUCAGAGGAGGAGCCUCAACUGCCUAAACCCCACCCAAAUCCAGAAUCUGUGCCAGAAGAGAAGCCUCAACUGCCAAAAUCCCUCCCACUGCAGGCUUCUGAGCUAGUGGAGGAGCCUCAAUCCCCCAAGCCCCUCCCACGACAGGCAUCUCUGCCAGAAUAUGCAAAGCCCCAGGGUCCUGUUACUGGGAGAAAAGAAGUGACGUGGGAGGACCAACAGAGAAAAGUCAAUGGUACAGUACCCAAUGGCCUGGCGGGACAGCGCUCCUCCCUCUCUGAGUCAGUUGAGAAGGAGGCUGUGGAGACAGAGAGUGGAGACACAGGUGCCAUGGAGGUAGAAGAACGAACGCGGCAAAUGAAGUUGAAGAUGAACAAGUACAAGCAGGGAGCUGGCUCCGACUCCAGGCUGGAGCAGCGGUCAGGCAGGGAUCCGCAGCGAGGCUCGGACAACCUCUCCACCAAGUCGUCGGACAGUGAUGUAAGCGACGUGUCCGCUGUGUCGAGGACCAGCAGUGCCUCUCGAUUCAGCAGCACGAGCUACAUGUCUGUCCAGUCCGAACGGCCGCGGGGGAACCGCAAGAUCAGUGACUUUACGUCCAAAAUGAAAAACAGGCAGAUGGGUGUGUCCGGGAACAACAUGGCCAAGAGCUCCAGCAUCAGCGGGGACAUGUACACACUGGAGAAGACGGACGGCAGCCAAUCGGACACGGCCGUGGGGACGGUGGAGACCGGGGACAAGAAGAGGCGCUCCAGCAUCGGUGCCAAAAUGGUGGCGAUCGUCGGCCUCUCGAGGAAAAGCCGGAGCACGUCUCAACUUAGCCAAACAGCAGGGGGAAAGAAGCUGCGCAGUACAGUGCAGAGGAGCACAGAGACCGGGCUCGCCGUGGAGAUGAGGAGUCGGAUGACACGGCAGGCGAGCCGGGAGUCCACCGACGGCAGCAUGAACAGCUACAGCUCGGAGGGAAACCUCAUCUUCCCUAGUGUGCGGCUCUCGUCUGACAGCCAGUUCAGCGACUUCCUGGAUGGGUUAGGCCCCGCCCAACUCGUCGGUAGACAGACGCUAGCCACACCUCCAAUGGGUGACAUCCAAAUUGGAAUGGUGGACAAGAAGGGAUCCCUGGAGGUGGAGGUCAUCCGAGCCCGUGGUCUUGUGGGAAAGCCAAGUUCAAAGGCACUGCCAGCACCCUAUGUGAAAGUGUACCUGUUGGACAAUGGAGCCUGUGUAGCCAAAAAGAAAACUAAAGUAGCAAGAAAAACCCUGGACCCCCUCUACCAGCAGCAGUUGUCGUUUGAGGAGAGUCCGACAGGAAAAGUGUUACAGAUCAUUGUCUGGGGAGACUAUGGACGCAUGGACCACAAAUCCUUUAUGGGAGCUGUUCAGAUACUAUUAGAUGAUCUAGACUUGUCCAACAUGGUGAUUGGCUGGUUCAAACUCUUCCCCCCUUCCUCAUUGGUGGACCCAACCCUGGCACCUUUAACUAGAAGAGCUUCCCAAUCCUCGUUGGAUAGUUCCUCGGGACCUUGCGCUCGAUCGUAGCACUGCAAGGGACAAGUAGCGUUGUCGUAGCAACCAGCAUCGGAGUCAACGGUCUCAACAAGUCACGCCCCGGUUCCACUGCAUGCUUGAUGUUGUGUCUUCUGAGCCGGUUACUAGGGGAACGAGGUGCGGGCCCGGCGCUGCCGGCCGACGCCGCACUCAGACAGAGCCCCUGUGAGCGCGAGCCGGGCGCGGGAAUCGCGGAAAGAACUCACUGCAGCGCCCGGAACUCCGCGGUACUCCGUUUCCAUCCAAACUCGAAGCCAUGGAGAAAAAAAGAGAAAAUAACAAAGAACCGAUCGAUGAGUUCUACAGAAACCCUUUUAAAAAAAAAUUGAAAAGUCAUUGUUUUUUGUUUGUUUUUUUUUUUUUGUUUUUUUGUUUGUUUCGUUUUGUUUGUUGUUGAUAUUCCUGUUGUACCCAAUGGGGUGACAAUGUUUCUUACCAGAUGCUUGGUAACGCCAUGCCAACAAGCCCAGCUGUGAGCCACAGGGACUAUUGUCAGCAGCCGAGGGACGAUCUGGGUCGGGAUGGGCUAACCGACACCCAGAUGAGCCUAACCCUCCUCUACCCCUACAUAUGCAUUAUGUACUCAGAGUUAAAGCUGAUCUUGAGAGACUAUUCAAAGUUUUUAAAAAAUGGCAAUACAGAUGUGGCUAUCGUCCAGGAUCCAGUAUACAUUAGAACCCACACCAACUAAAUGAACUUUUGUGAUCUGAUAGAAUUAUUUCUCUGUUCAUACCUUCUGUGAAAUUGAAAAGAAAAAAAGAAAAACAAAGGAUUUUUUGCAUGGACACAAAUUUAGCUGAACUGAAAAAGUAUAUUUAAAAAAUUAUUUUCUUGAGGCUGCAACUUGCAACAAAAAGAAAAAAGACCAGAUCAGCCAUUUUCAACGAUUUAUAUUAUUUUUAAAGAUAAAUUUCACUAAUGCAUGGUUUUCAAGGGGAGUGAAUGCAAGGGUGUGAUUAAAAAAAAUAAACUAUGAUUUACCAUCCUUUAGACAAUUCAUUCGCCUGUAUUUUUACAGAUGUUCAGAAAAGGGAAACUAAAAAAAAAACUUGCAUAUAUUGAAGAGAAAAGAUGUUUAUGUGACAAAGAGAGGAUAAAUUAAAUGUAAAGUAUUUAUUUCAUUGUAAAGGCGAAAGCCUUAUGAAGAUAAACAUUAUGUGCAAAUUGUACACUCCUCUCUCUCCUCCAUCCCAGGGUGACUGUUGAACUAAUCAUUGCCAUUGUUGUCGGAUCCUCCGGAAUGUGUCCAGAUGUUUCAGGACUGUAGAUUAUGUUACAGCCCUGUAUUACACAAUAUUACUUUGGGAUAUGAUUUGUUUUACAAGCAUGUUGAAAGUUCUUUUCUUUUUGUUUUGUUUUGUUUUCCUUUUUUGCAACAUGGCUUGGACACACUUCCAGUAACUCAGCAUGUUUUGAUAGAGAAGAUAUUUGGAAUUUUUGCAGUUUCUUGUACAGUGCAUGUAAACUAAGUUGCUUUUCUCCCUCACCUCGAAUUGAACUCCACAGAGAAUCAGUGGCUGAGCUUUCAUGGCCAACCAUGCAAACAUUUGACGAAAACAUUCCACCUCCCAGAUUUGCGGUUUCUUUUCGAUUAACAAUUGAAGAACUAAAGUAAAAGUUUUGUAUUUAAUGGAGGUUGACUAGAAAAAAUACUUAAAGUUGCAAGUAUAUUUUAUUUUAAUAUUGUUAUAAAGAAAAAAAAAUCCAAAAUGGAUUACAUCAGUUGGUAUAGCAAGAUGAAAUAUACCAGGCCAAGCCACAGCAGAGGCUAGUUCUGUAAUGGACUCGACAUUUGCUGUGAAGAUCAUUUUUACAGGCACUGUUUGUGAAACUUGGAAUGCAUCACAUGGUAUUUGGAAACCGCGAAUUGCCACACAACAUGGAUUUUUAAUUGUUUCCUGUUUUGAGAAAAUAAAAUUAAUUUGCUAUAUUUGAUUAGUUUAUUUAAAAGCAAACACCAACCAUAAAAUAAGAAAACUGUAAUAAAUGUGAUUUUAUUUUUUCCUUUUUUUUUUUUUUUUUUUAGUAAAUAUGAUUGCUUCUCAAAAUGGGGAGUAUAUGAAUUUAAAAGUAAUUAAAAUAUUUUAAUUAAAAUAUUAAAAUUGUGAGACAUGAUUCCUCUUCCUUAGAGAAAAAAAAUGUUUUAUCUUGUAGAGGUAUGCACUGGACUUUUUUUGCAACAAGUUCCAUAUUUAAUUUUGCAUUGUACAUACCAACUGAUAGGACUGACAUAAUUUUAAUAUACAGUACAUAGCUUGUUCUGGAAAAGGAGUCAUACCUCACAUGACAGACAGGUGUUAUUUACCCUUUUGAAUGCCUUUUCUUUUUUGGUGCAAUGUGUUCCUGCCAAGGCUAUGUCUUGGGACAGUAUGGUUGAGUACAGAGAUUUAUGUAAGUUAUUUUUCAAAUUAAAAAUAAAAAACUGGAUAUUACACAAA